AUGGCUGGUAAAGACUGGGUAAAAGGAUUCCGAAAGCGCCAUCCAGAGAUAACACUUAGGUCCCCAGAAGCUACGUCCUCGGCUAGAGCUCAGGCAUUUAAUCGUCCAAAUGUGAUGACAUUUUUUACUAUUUUACAAAAUGUUCAGCAAAUAAAUAACUUCUUACCACAUAGAGUUUUUAAUGUUGACGAGACUGGACUAACCACAGUUCAAUCAAAAUGUUCCAACAUUUUGGCAUUAAAAGGAAGAAGACAAGUAGGUUCUCUUACUUCAGCAGUGAGAGGUGUCUUGUCAACAAUUGUAGUCUGUAUGUCAGCUGGUGAAAAUUUUAUACCACCCAUGAUAAUUUUUCCUAGGGUGAGAAUGAAACCUGAACUACAGGAUGGUGCUCCUCCAGAAACUAUUUUUCAUUGUCACCCAUCUGGAUGGAUGCAAUUAGAAAUUUUUACAGAAUGGUUCCAACAUUUUAUUAAUCAUGCCAAACCAACAGCAGAAGAUCCAGUUCUGCUUAUACUAGAUGGUCAUAUGACACACACAAGGAAUUUGCAGUUUAUUGAUUUAGCUAGGAUAAAUCAUACCACUGUUGUGUGCUUACCGCCACAUUGUAGCCACGAAUUGCAGCCAUUGGACGUUUCUUUUAUGGGACCUCUAAAUACAUACUAUGUUCAGGCAAUUGAGAAGUUCCUAUGA